AUGGCUACGGGGAAGGUCAUUACAUCUGUGUCAGCUGGCUCGGAAAAAGAUGUUGACAUCGCAGUUGAUGCUGCUCUCAAGGUGCGUCUGUUGAAUCUCUUCGCGGGCAUGAAAUUAAUUGUUCUCGUUACGAUACUACAAGGCAUACAAAACAUCUUGGGGUCUCAAAGUACCGGGAACAGAACGAGGAAGACUAUUGAGCAGACUCGCCGACCUGAUCGAGGAAAACCUGGAUGA